CUAACACCUAAGGUUCAACGAUGUCGCACUAACUAACAAUGAGAGACGUAUGUUUCAGGCAGAUAUAUAUAUAUAUAACCUUAGAAACUAUUGCUACUCAUUGUUGUGCGGUCAGCUAGAUACCUUUCCGAGCGAACGUGGAGGACGCACGUUGCAUACGCUGUUUACACAGUCGCUCACAGACGCAUUAUGGGUUCGUAAUAUAGGAGUUUGCUAAGAAGCCCAUUACAGGCUCAAAGCUGCUAUCCAAACUUGCUGCUGCUUGCAACGGCUAGGAACCCAUUUCGCAACCACCGACUACGCUGACACCCAAAUGAUAAUAUACAUUUAGUGUGAAAAGAAGCUUAAGUCGCGCUAUGGCCGCGACUGGGAUGACGCCCGUGAGCCCACGCCCAUCGAAUUGCUUCCAUCCAUCCACCUCCGGCGCUGCACCUCCAAUAUCGCCAGUGGCUUCGCCAAACAUAAUACGACAUAAACAAUUACAUCAUCUACUUGGCCCCUCGACCCGGCGCUCCUCACAAGCUUGCUCCGCUUUACCAUUUGGCUUCCCUAAUUUCGGCCUGCCAUCCUUCGGUUUCCUUGCGAAGUUCGACAGCAGCAAAAGCGACCUAGAAAAUGGCUCAAACAGCAGCAGCGGCAGCUCUAGGCUUCAUACACAAAGCGGCGACGCCGCACCCUGCGACCCCGCACAUGCCGAUUCCCAGCUGCCAUCCUCUCCCCAGUCGGAGCUAUCCACCGGGCCGGCAGGGCCGCAGCCGGGGUCUGAGCGGCGCCUCAGCCUGCCGCCGCUGCCGACCCGCCUGCUGCCCGAUGGCGCAGCGGCGGGGGCCUGCAGUGCCGCCGUGGAGGAGGCAUGGCAGCAGCAGCAGCCGGGCAGUGGGCCCAGGGCGCUGCAGCAACGCCCUGGCGUGGCAGCUCGGGAGGUGGAGGAGGAGGCCGGCUUGGCUGACUCGCCCGGGUCCUACGGCGGGCAGUCGGGCGGGACAGAUGCGCCGCUGGGGCUCAGCCAGCUGAGACAGCUGCUGGCUGACGUGGCGGACCAGCACUGCACCCCAGCUCCCACCAGCUGCGCCGACACCAGCACCAGCACCAGCACCAGCAGUCCCCCCUCC